UUGCGUGUGGUUCUUAUAAGAUAAUUCUAAAAUUGUGUAUUAUUUACUUGAAUAUGAAGUGAUUUGUUUAUGCCGUAGCCUGUCUGUUGUCUUUCGAUAUUCUUUUGACGUUUAUUAGAACUCGAUUGUAUCGGAAAGCCAUUCACACUGCAUUGAAUUUCAUUAUUGCUAUUCCGCUUGAGGUUUGCUAACAAUAAUCUCAGUUAGGCCUUUUUCAGAGGCUAAAAUGGGCCGCUCCAGAAGCAUAAGCAGAUCACCCAGACAUAAGCAUAAAAGUAAACAUUCUCAUAAGAGAUCUCGUUCAAAAGAUAAACGAGAGCGUAGUAAUAAAUCAAAGAAAUCAAGGUCCAGAGAAAGAUCUCGUUCAAGGUUGUCCAAGCUGGAAUUAAACAAGCUAGAUAGACAUUCCCAGGAUAUCUUGAAAAAAAGGAAACGGUCAAGAUCUUCUUCUUCCUCAAGUAGUAGUAGUGAUGAAGUUGAUGGUUUAUAUAGUUCUCAUCGUAGGAGCUUAAAAAAGAUGAAUGAAGUAGAAAGGCUUGCAGAAAUGGAACGAUUAAGGAGGCAAAAAGAAUUAGAAUCCAAACUUGUUGAAGAAGAAACGUCCAAGCGGAUUGAAGAAAUUGUAGCCAAAAGAGUGGAGGAGGAACUAGAAAAGAGAAAAGAUGAUAUUGAGAAAGAAGUAUUACGUAGGGUUGAAGAAGCGAAGAAAAUAAUGGAAAAACAGAUGUUAGAAGAAAUGGAACGGCGACAGAAACUGGAGCUUGAGGCUCAAAAGGCUAAGGAGGAAGAAGAAAGGAAAAAAAGGGAACAACUUGAAAAAAUUUUAGAGGAAAACAAAAGAAAAAUCGACGAGGCUCAGAAAAAACUUGAUGAAGAAAGAUUAGCUAUGAUUGAGGAGCAGCGCAGAAUUGAUGAGGAAAGGAGGAGAUUAAUGAAAGAAAAAGAGAAAAAACUGAAGGAAGAACAGCAAGUUAUUUUAAAUAAGGGAAAAGUUAGACCUAAACUAUCUUUUUCACUGAAACCUGUUGGUUAAAAGGAUGAGAUAAUAGUGAAAUUAAAUCUAAAAAAAGUUACAUUUUAUGACUCCCAGAAAAUGUACUGUCAAACAAUGAGUUUUCAAAUUCAUUCCUUUUCAUUAUCACCAGUCAUGCCCAGAUGUGUUGUCGUGGAAAAACACACCAAAGGUUUAAAAAAAUUUGAAUUAUUCUUUUUUCCUCAAAUUGAGUUUGAAGAAAAAAUUUCGCAACAUUCAUUGACUAUUGUAAAUUAUCUCAUUAAGUUUGUAAGUAAUUCAUUUGUAAAUAUUUGUUUUUUCAAGUUUAUCACAAACACAUUUAAGUUUUUCUCUCACUUUAAAGGAUUUCCAAUGAUUUUAAUAUUUGCCUUUAUACAACAAAAAAAAUAUAGAGGAAUUUAGCAAAGAGAGAUGAACUCUUAAAAGCGGCAAUAAAUUAAGUAAGGGGAAAUAAUAAAAUAAGAUCAAUGGGAUUACACAAUUUAUAAAUUUAUAAUUAUUAUAUAAAUAAAAGAGCUUCAUUAUUAAUCUAUUAUAAAUUUUCUAAAUUGUAUAAUCUAUUAAUUUUGUUUUAUUACAUAUAUGCAUAUAAACAGUCUGGCUCUGAUAAGAUGGCAACUGAUUAGUGUUAGAAAUAAAUUUAAAUCUAGGCAUUGUGAAAAAUGAAGAUACCUAAUAUAAGUUUGUAAGCGUCAAAAGGAACAACCCCGAAGCCUUUUUAUCUAUACGAAUGCAAAAAAAAUAUUUAUUAAAAUGAUAAAAAGCUUGCAUUUUAAAAUUACAUUUACAAAUUUAUCCUUUAAGUUGAUCACAAUGAGUCGGGGGAAAGAAAAGCUUCAAUGCUGUCUAGAACUUUAGAUGUCAACAUUUGGCUUUUAUUAUUGGAAAUCUAACCAUCAAAUCAAAAUUUUUGUUCCCAAAAUGCAAGUAAGGAUUGCUUAUUUCUAACAGUGCUUCUAAUAUGUAACAGAUUGAACUGUUUCCUUUGUUGAAUAAAUGGUUUGAUUCACCAGAGCAUCAUUUAAUAUUUAUUGGUCUUGUUCCAUUAUAAGAGUUCCUCCCUUUUCUUCUCCAGCAAAAAUAAAUCCUCCCUGGGCUAAAUGUUUUUUUUUUUUUCAGAGCCAGACUAAAUGUAUAUAUAUAUGUGUGUGUGUGUGUGUGUGUGUGUGUGCCUAUUGAUAGUUAAAUCUUAUUAAGUUAUUACAGAUAAAUAAAUCUGUAGUUUUUUUUUUUUUUUUUUUUAAUUAUGAUUUUAUUUACCGAAAAACAUUUCCACUUGUGAUGUUUUUUGAUUAUUAAAGCAAUUAGUUAAAAGGUUAAGUGUUAGUUCAUGGUAUAAAAUUUAAGCUUUCUUAUUUCUUCUUAUAAGUAAUGGAAUAAUUUAUAUUUUUAGCAUAAUUUUAAUUGCAUGAAUGUAAUUUACUUGUGUUAGUAACUCUCUGCAAUAGUUGAAUUUAUGAACAUUAGCAAUUUUAGUCUAGAUUUCGGAUAGUUCAAAAUUGCAAGUUUUUGUAGCAAGCAGAGUUAAAUGUCCUCACCAUUUUUUGCAACAAGCCUUUUGUUUGUCUUAAACAAAAAUGUAGUCCUAAUAGUUUGGCCCUUCUUUUUCUUAAUUUGAUUUGACUAUGAAUGUACACACACAUACAUAUUAUUGUUUACAUCCUGUGAAGCAUUAAUGCACAGAUAAAAUUUUAAAUGUGUUAAAAUGCCUCCCCCCCCCUUCUCCCUCUUUUUUUGCAAUUUUUUUCAGUUAAAAGUUUCUAAAAUAUAAUAAGGCUUUCUUGGUUAGUUGCUCUUCAAUCAUAGUAUUGGUUUUUAAACUAAUAUGGAAUCCUCCCUCCUCAUUACUUUCCUUUGGUCUUGACCUAUUUUAGAAAUAAAUCGUAUGGUUUGCUUUUAUGAACCUCAAAUAUAUUGUGAUUUUUUUAUCAUAUACAAAGUCAUUAAUUAAAUUUAUGUAAUGUAUAUUACAAAUGUGAAAUUUUGUACAUAGUUGAAAAUAAAUAUGACUAG